AAAUUGAGUUCACGUGAUCUCGUUCACAAUCCCCUUCCUCUAGUAUCUAUGAUUGCACUGAGCUGCAGCAACCCCCAUAAUCUCACUAACUGAGGCUAGAUUUCGAGAUGGCUAAAGGACCACGGAAGAGAGCUGCCACCAAAGCAGAGGAGAACCCAGAAGAGAUGGAGGCCAGCCCUGGUGAGGGAGGUGAGGAGCCCGUUCAUGCCAGUCUUGAUGCUAAUCAGGCCAAAGAGGGUGGGGAUGAUUACUGGGACCUAUCAGAUGAUGAUGACUGGGGUGGUACGGGUGGCGGUGGCUCUAGACAGAGCUCAGCCUCAAGGCACCGACAAAUUCUCAGACGUUCCAACAUUGAGAUUGGAGUGUCGUUUGUGUGUCAUCUUGUUCUUAUGUGCUUCUACAUUUUCGUGCAUGUGUAUGAUGCUACGAUUUUCAAACGAAGCAAAGGAGUGGGAUUUGAGGGCCACUUCACCUAUGGAGGAAGAUGGAAGUAUCUUACUUACCUGAAUUUGUGGGUCCAGUUUCUGUAUUUCUUUUUGUGCUUCUUUGUGGACAUAAUGCCGUAUGGUGCCACCAAAGUCUCAUUCAGAAAGAUUUGUGAUACUGUGUUUUGCACCGUAGCCCUUCCUCUGCCAAUUUUUGUAGCAGUGAUGUUCUGGGGUAUUUAUGCCAUUGACCGCGAGCUGAUCUACCCAACUUUCCUGGACAACACCAUACCAUCCAUUUUGAACCACUUAUGGCACACAACAGUCGUGUUGUGUGUCCUUGUUGAGCUAGUUGUAGUGUUUCAUCGGUUCCCUGGAAAUUGGACUGCCACUCUUGUCACAUUUGGAUACUCAUUUUCAUACAUGAUCUGGAUAGUCUGGGUGUUCACAAUGUCUCAAGCGUGGCCUUAUCCUUUCUUCAAUAUCAUCCCACUGCCCCUUUUACCACUCUUCUUUUUGGCAUGCUCCUUCAUUGGAUUAUUCUUCUAUUUCUUAGGGAAAAAACUCUGCCAGUUGCGAUGGUCAGAACGGCAUCAAGUGCUGGCUGAGCUAGGACGAAAGAAUGACUGGUCUAUACUAAGAAUGUCACUAAUAGACUUCAACCAGGAGGCCAGAAACCAGGGAUUUCUGCACAUUGCAGUGAAAGAUCUUGGAGAGGAGUCACACUCAUUUUUCAAUGGUGUCCUUCAAGCACUCACCAAGUUACCACCCAUUCAGCUAACAGAGCCUAAAGGGACAGUGCUGUUCCUAAGAUUUCUGAACUACAAAGAGUUACCAUCAUGGGCAAGUGAAGGCCCCAAGUGGAGCGAAUUCAACCCACACAAGCAGAUUAGAGGUGUCCUCGGAGUAUGCAGAUGCUACGACCUAGACGACCUUGACAAUGUCAUCGCUGGUUUCAAGACGUAUUCUAAUCGGUUUGAGAGCAGUUUGUGUGAAUGUAGAUGUAUAAUUUAUGGCUCAAAGUCUGAGCUAGAGGGUGGGAACAUAGAUAUCAACAAGGGACAUUGUCUGAUAGAUUCUGAGCUCGGCAGUGAUGACAUUAAACACGACUGUCUCACCGAAAUAGUCACGGACUUCGCUCUUGCUAUUUACUCCACUCUGAAAUCACGGAUAACACAGUUGAAUAACUCGUUAGCUCGAACAUCUUCUGUCACAGUCUUGCAUUCACCGUUUGAGUCCAAAGAGUACAGUCAUCCUGAAGAUGACCCAGGGCUGGAAUUGAAAUUGACACCCACUCACAUCAAGGCGAGGAUGGAGAAACACCUUGCAGACAUGAGCCUGUUGGUAGGUGACCUCAAAAUGGCCUUUCACUGGUACACCAGUGCACUGCAACUCAUGAGACCUCACCAAAGAGACAACUUGUGGUAUGCUUCCGUCAACGAAGGGCUGGGCGUGACGGCAAUAGUUAUGAAGCUGUGUGAGGAAGUACUGGGACAGAAAGCCCAGGGUUUCACACUUAAUCUUGGACCGCUGAGGAAGCCUGCCAACAAUUCCAGAAUAUCUCGUGUCAGUUCCUCGUCCUCCGGUGGCUCCACCUCAUCACCUCGCUCAACUCUGACCCUUGACCCCAGGCGACAAUCCUCACUCACAGGAGUAGAUAUCGUAAGGCCAAAAUACAAUUCACUGCGGAAACCAGUUGGUACAGUAGAUGGAGAUGGUGAGACAGAUAAGGUUAAUGGUAGUAUAGUGUUCAAGACUGGAGCUGCCAAUGCGGGGGAAUCCCCUUCUUCACGGCCUGCACUGUCAGACGAAGAUGAGUCCGGUGUCUACGGGGAGGAGGAUGACGACGAGGGCUGUUUGCAGGUCAACGAGGCACUCCUGCAUAAGGACUUCAUCGUCGAUAAGUACACUGUUGCGCUCAAGUUUUACGAUAAGGCUAAACACCUUGGAGUUGUGUCCCUCCUGGAAGCUCUGCUCAAGUUCAGCAAGUAUCUCAUUGAUCAAAAGAGUUACAGGGUGGCAAGUGACCAACUGCAGAGAAUGCUGGCAGUGGAAGAGCCCUCCUUCAUCAAUGCCACUGACAAGCUCCAGCUGCAUUGCACCAUAGCGGAGAUGUAUCGUAGCAUGGGACUUCAUCGCAAGGCUGCCUUGUUCACACACUACGCUGCUCGCUGGGCCAGCAAAAUCGCCGAGUCUCCUGACCAAGUCAUAGAGGCUUACAAUCUGAUCGUGACUUGUCUCCCGGACUACAAGCUGAGUCUGCAGUUAGCAGAGCUGCCUAAAAAUGAGGAGUGCUACAACGGCUGGCCCCUGAUACAGGCACAAGUGUUGAAGGACUUUGUUUUUCUAUCAAGAAGGAAACAAGAAAAUGAGCUGACUAUUAGCCACAGCUGCUACCUCCUGCGGUACUUAGCCGAGCACCUCUCCUCUAAAGAUGUACAAGAGAUCACCUUGAUGCUCAAAAACAUUGUGGAGGAAUCUUUGGAGAGGGACAAUGGCUCUCCCAAUUCUGCUACAAUCAAGAAGAUCCAAUCUCCACUGCCUCUGGAAAAUAUCCCCUCGGUUAAAUCCGUAUCUCUAGUCGAGCUCGUGGAUUUGUUAAAGCCAAUCAAAAUCAAGGGCUUUGUAGAGCCAAAAGAAAUUCCUUCGAAGCAAGAAGAAGACAGUCCAUUCAUUUUCUCACCAUAUGAAGCAAGGCGACGUAGGGGGAAGCAGCGUCCUGAGGUUUUGUGGGUGGUGGGUAACCCGGGGGAGAUCAAGCUGAUUGUGGAAAACACACUACCCUUUGACUUGAGAGUAUCUGAAAUGCUGAUUCUGACGGAGGGAGCUCAAGUGGAAAUAUUCCCGACGUCCCUCACCCUGCCCUCAGAGUCGGAGCCCCAGGACAUCAAGCUUAUCACUGUGCCCCGAGAACCAGGCCUUCUGGACAUUAAAGGCUAUGAGGCGGUUGUGUUUGGUAUUCUACACCACGAGUGCAAAGUGAAGAUACCGGAAGACCGCAUAGUGCGAGUGGUCCCUCCUCUGCCGGAGAUUCGUCUGUCUGUACUCCCUGCCUCGGAUGAGUUGCCCCUCUCCCCCGGUAGGGAGGGCAGUCUCAGAGUCACCAGGCCUGCCAUUACUAAAUUUGAGCUGCUUGAUGGAGAAAUUUGCAAGUACGAUUUCCAGCUGGAGUGUCUGGCUAAAGCGCACACCGAUGUGGAGCUUGUCACUGUGACAGUGGCUGACUAUGACAAGGACUACUGUGACAUCUCGUGGGAUGACUCCGAGGUAAAGGCCCUGCUCCCCAUUCUCAGUGGGUCCUGUGGAUCCUUCACUGUCUCCAUACGUGCCAAGAUCCCAGCCUGGUUCAGGGUACUCAAUGAGCACACACAAGGCAUCUCAAAGACCACGGUUUUUCCGAAUUUGAAACAAGAACAAUUGUUUCAAGAUUCAGGCCACCACUCGUACUCAGCCAACACCACACCCAGAGAAUCGCCUACUUCUUCACCAAUUGCAAAACGUAACCAGUCAGCGUUAAGAUCUUCACUCAAGAGCAAGUCUGAUCGUGACUAUUCCAGCUCUAAAGGGAGUGUUUUAAUGGACUCGCUAGACUUGGACCACCCUGCUCUCACCUCCCCACGAAGCACUGCCUCGCUCCCACACUUCAGACGUAGUCCAGGCCAUCAGAGAAACACUAGUUUAGGUGGCGGGACCUUGAAAAGAAAAAAUAGAGGCUCUAAAAGAUUACCAAUGGACAUAGAUGUGUUUGAUAUAAAGCGGGCAUCGAUGGUGUCCAUUCGAUCAGACCCAGGAGACGAAGGAAAGAGCCGACCGAAACUUUCUAGCAAAGGUUCCGAAUCGUCCAAAGCUGUUGCAAUUCCAAAAUCUAUCGAGUCUCGUGCUAGUCCCAUUAGUAACAGCCCUCAUCUAUACUCAGAGAACGGUAUUCCUUCGUCUGUGCAGUCUUCUAACUUACACAGAACUUCCUCUGGAAACAAAAGCUCAACACCUCGAAAGCAGCAGCAGACACCACUCACAAAAGGAAGUAUUUCUGUACCGAUGGGGCCUCUGAUCAGGGAAAAACCCCAACCACCAUCUCGUAAGAAUUUGGAAGGCGAGUUUAAGAUCCAGUACUCAGGUGGAGGUGGUUAUGCCGAGGGUUAUUGUCGGCAGUGUUUCACUAAAUUGCCUAUCGUGGUGAAGCCUUGUCUCGUGUUUGAGCGCUUUGAAGUCCUCUCUACUGAAAAAUCUCGAGAGCUUUUCAAUCUCAAGUACUUUGUUCACAAUAUCUCGAAGAUUAGAGUGGAAGUUUCAGUCAGUAUUGAUCAAAAUUAUGAUGGUGAUAAUGGCAAAACAGCAACCUCUCGAACCCUUGACCCUAAUGGACGGAGUGAGAUGGUCCUCGCCAUAAGGAGAUUCAUCGUCGAUAACAACAAAAAUGAUGGUGACGUGACAAAGCUCUAUUCAGAAAAGGUUGGUGAGGUUGUCAAAGUUCACUGGAAAGAUCUGGAGCAUAACAAGCUGGGUGUGGUCGCACUGGAUGGACUCCGCCUCUCAGCUUCUACGGUGUCCUUAAUGAGACCCAUUCCUUUAAUGUUCAGUUUCUUAAUAGAUGAUCAUACCCUACCUUCACAAAGCUCGUACAGUCACGAGUGUGGUGUUGGAGAUCAAGUCAACGUGGUUGUCGCUAUCAGAAACAGCUCUGGUGUCUCUAUGGCCCCGUCAUUCUUGGUUUUUGAGCCUCAGUUCCACUCGCAGCAGCUGAAGAGACUGCUCAAAGAUGUUGGCCAUAUGAUACUGCACUCUGGGAGUCUAAUUGUUGGGAUACCUCAGCUUGAUCCUGGUAAGAAGUACGUGCACAAAUUGACCUUUGUGUUUCUGCUCAAGGGAAAGUAUCACAUGGAAAUCAAAAAUUAUUUACAAGUUGAAGGACCACCCAGUUUACAAUUUAAGCUACCAGCCACCUCAGCAUCGCAUGUCGAGACCACCACCCCUACUAUAGACGACAGUAAGAAUGAUUCCACUCAAACAAGCACAUCAGCUUCUGUAUCAGUUGACACCAGCCUUUGGUCUUCGUUAUCUCCUCCACGUGAAGGUUCUGUCAGCCCACUCCCAUCCCAGCCAAGACCCCUGUCGCCACGGCAAUCCCCCAGUCCACGAAGGAGUAUUUCCUCUCCAGACUCUCCAGCAAACUUAGCGAGACAGAUGGCCAAAAUAUACGAAGCCAAGAUUGUAGCAAGAUCUGCAAUUGUGUACAAGGAGCCUAAAACUGAUAAGGCGAAUGCUGCUUCUGCUUCUGCUACAAAGGAGAUAAAGUCACCAGAAGUAGAGAGAACUUCAUCAGUUAUAAACUCGACAAAAGCAUUGGCUAGUAUUAAAACUUCACAACGUUCCCCUGAGGUGGUUUUCAAGAAACCUCGUGUGGAUUGUGAUCGUCUAAAUAUUCUGUUGUCAGAGUUUGUGUCUGGUGAUUCUCUCUUGAAAGGAACAGCUGCAUCGCCAGUAGAAGUGACUCGUACCAACAAUCCUACACCACCACCUCUUCCGAGGGGUUACCAUGGAAAAUUAGCAAAAUCUGACAGUGAUUCGAAUAAACGAUUCAGCAGCAUCAAGCAAGAUCACUCUAGUAGGUUUCAGGAGCUUCUAAGACUGCGUUCUCAGAGUCCAAAAUCAGUUAGAGUUUUUUCUGGUCCACAGAUUACGUUUAGUGUGUCAUAAUUUAUACUUUUUUGUUUAUAGGGUGUGUCAUUUUAACAACACUUAUUUUACAUCA